CAGUUCCAGUUCUUUCUUAUGGCUGAUGUUGUAGAAGAUACUGCAACAGCUAUUGCUUAGAAGCAAUCUUUGAAUUUAAGGUCCGACCGGACCCAGUUAAAAACACUUAAAUUGACUCUUUUUUGUACUUCUUCGUGUGGUGUAUUGUAUAGUAGGAGAGGAAAAGAUUGUCAAGAGGACUGCAACAAAUAAUACAGCAGGAAUCAUGGCCGCCGCUGCAAGUUCGGAAAGCGCGUCAUGGGUUGAUCCAGACAUCAUGCAGCCAGAAAGCACCCGAUUCUACUGCAACCAAAUCCCUGACUUUUCGAGUUACUUCUACAAAAAUAUCUAUGCUGACGUCAACCUAGUCGUGGGAAAAAGAGUCAUUAAAGCAAAUCGGUCUCGGUUGGCCUCAGUCAGCUCGUUCCUCGCAUCCAUUUUUGCGGCAGACACCAGCGACGUGUCCACUGUUAUAUUGCCAGAAGUCGACUUCACAGCGCUGAACUUACUGAUCAGCUUUCUGUACACCGGCUUCAUGCGAGUGGCCAAGAGUGAGUUGACGACCGUGCUCCGAGUUGCCUCUCUCCUCGGGAUAGAGUACCCCAUCGACAUCGAGAAGACUGAAGUCGGAGUUAUCAGGGUGAAGCCACCAAGCAAGAGGAAAUCUCCUGGCAAGCAGUUAGGGGAACAGCACUCAGCAGACAAGCGAACGCGGGUCGAGGAGCCAAAUGUGGUCAUUUUUGAAGGCCCGCAGUCGGCUGACUCUUGCUGCAAAGUGUUUGAAGACGUUGACAAUAGAGACUACCAGGAGAAGGAGGUCCCUGAAACGUUUACAAUCGCAGAUGACAGCAACAUGGAUGUUGAGAGUGUUUCUGUACCGACAAAUUCAUCUCAAGUGCUUCCAGAGGUGACUGAAGCCACAAAACCAGCUAUUAAACGCAUUUCCCCUCGUCCGAGGAUCAAGAAAACCAAGACCCGCAACGACCUCCUGAUGGAGAGUCAGAACCACAGUCCGAUCAGUGCAAUUGUUAUAUCCGGGGAUGAGUCUAAUGAUGCCUCAAGAAGCAAUAUUGAGGUUUACUCUGUUAUAAGCAAUGUGGAGGUGAUGGAUCUGGAAGCCAUGAAUGCUGAUGUUGCUCCUGUUGUCGAAGCUGAAAGCAUGGUAACCGUAGGGAUGGCUGAGGAUUGUGCCACUCACAGUCUCUCUGAGUUGGCAGCUGAAACUGAAAGUGCUAACAAUGCUGAGAAUUUGGAUGCAAACCUUGAACUGAUCAGCGAAAUGCAAAUACCUGAGGAAUUGCCCAACAAAGCUGGUGAUGAAUUUUUCCAAGAGGAUGACGAGACUGAAGUAGCUCUGCAUGUGCCUGGUCAAGAGGAAAUUGAUAUUGUAGAGAGUGUCUUUACCGUAGAACCCGAGGUUUUUGCAGAAACUCGUUUUGACUACGAAGAAGAUGUGCAGGAGUUAUUUGGUGAAGACCAAAUUAAUCAGGAAGAACCUCAAACAGAGGCUGUACUGGAAGAGAACCUUGUUACAGGAGAACCAGACCAAGUCGAGGAAAUUUGGGACUCAAGAACCGUGGAUGCCAUUGAGUCUGAAAGUGUCGUUGUGGAAGAAUUGUGUGAGGGCACUGGAGACCAAGGUGAUGACUUGCCAGUAUCUGAUCCACUUCAAGACGAAGUUCAGACUGCCAAUGUAGAGUCUAAUUUCAUCGUAGAAGAAAUUCUAUUGGAGGCUGAAGAAGCUCCUCUAGGGCCUGAGGAAGCCACUGUGGCGCUUGAAGAAGCAGCUGCGGAGUUUGAAGAUGUAGCUGUGGAAUUUGAAGAAGCUGCUAUGGAACCAUACGAAGCAACUGUGGAACCAUACGAAGCAACUGUGGAACCGUACGAUGCAACUGUGGAACCAUAUGAAGCAACUGUGGAACCAGACGAAGCAAUUUUGGAACCUGAAGAAGCUACUGAACCUGUUGCAGAAGGAGAAAAUAACAAAGACAGCGAAUGCGAAUACAGUUAAACUCUUACUGAAGAAACUUUUCUUUGAAAAUACACCGCCUACUGAAAGUGGAUGAUUAAAUAUUUGAAGUUCACAAUUUGCCUUCUCUUUAAACACCCACUUUCGUAGUGAAUUACCUUAUAGAACAUCAUCACAUAAUUAAAUGAAAUUGAUGAAAUUCAAUAUCUUUUA